ACCUUCAAAUGAGAAAUAAAUAAUAUUUCCAAACACAAACACCUCACAAUUGGAUUCACCUGAUCCAGACACACUCAGCUCAACAUGUCUUCGUCAUUCUUCAUCGAGAACAAGGACGUGGGUAACAGAGCAGGCACAGAAGAUUGGCGCAUCCGCGGCUACAACCCCCUCACCCCCCCGGGCCUCCUCCAACAUGAAAUCCCCCAAACGCCCGAGUCCAAAGAGACCGUCAUCUCCGGCCGCGACGAGUCCGUCGCCAUCGUGUCCGGAACCGACACCAACCACCGCCUCCUCGUCGUCAUCGGCCCCUGCUCGAUCCACGACCCGGCCGCGGCGCUGGAAUACUGCGACAAGCUGCUCGCGCUGAAGGAGAAGUACAAGGAUGACCUGCUCAUCGUCAUGCGCUCUUACCUCGAGAAGCCGCGCACGACGGUGGGAUGGAAGGGCCUGAUUAAUGACCCGGAUAUCGAUAAUAGCUUCCAGAUCAAUAAGGGGUUGAGGAUCUCGAGACAGUUGUUCGUGGAUCUCACGACUAGGGGUAUGCCCCUCGCUAGUGAGAUGUUGGAUACGAUCUCCCCGCAGUUCUUCUCGGAUCUGCUCAGUGUCGGCGCUGUUGGGGCCAGGACGACUGAAUCGCAAUUGCACAGAGAGCUGGCGAGUGGUUUGUCCUUCCCUGUCGGGUUCAAGAACGGCACAGAUGGCUCGUUGGGCGUUGCUAUCGACGCCAUUGGUGCGGUUAGACACCCACAUCACUUCUUGUCUGUCACAAAGCCGGGUGUCGUUGCUAUUGUCGGCACGGUUGGCAAUGAGGACUGCUUCGUUAUUCUGCGCGGUGGCACCAAGGGAACAAACUUUGAUGCGAAGAGCAUUGCUGAGGCCAAGGCUGCUCUGCAGAAGGCAGGUGUCAGGGAGAGAUUGAUGGUUGAUUGCAGCCACGGCAACUCUCAGAAGGACCACCGCAACCAGCCAAAGGUCGCGGCGGUGCUGGCUGAGCAGAUUGCCAAGGGUGAGACGGCUAUCAUGGGUGUUAUGAUUGAGAGCAAUAUCAAUGAGGGCAACCAAAAGGUUCCCAAGGAGGGCAAGGAAGGACUGAAGUACGGUGUGAGUAUCACUGAUGCUUGCAUUGGGUGGGACGACACAGAGUCCGUUCUCGCAUCGCUAGCAGAAGCUUGCAAGAAGAGACGUGAUAUUAUCAACCAGUCAAAGGCAACUGGGGGCAACUAGACACGGCGGCACAAAAAAUUAACGUUGAUUUAACGUGGAGUUUGGAUAGAGAGCAUGUAUUUGGUAUAAAACGAGGGAUAAUGGGAUCGACAAAAGUAGUCAGCUUCGGCAUAGCCUUCUCUAGUCUGUUAUGGAAGUUCGUUCAUGCCAUGGCAAGUGGUAACUUCAGUCCAACGUAAUACCCAACGAUGCCCAGCC